UUGAGCUUCGUCAUACGGUUCCGUGUUUACUGUAUAAAUGUCUCUCAUUGCCCAGAUGGAGCCAGUGUAUACUGAAGAUGGCAUUCAGAGAAGCAAACACUUUACUUUUAGCAUUAAUUUGGAUGACAGUUUUCAGAGUCUCACUUGGGAGUCAUCACUUUACACCGCGGAUCAAAGUGAACAGAGAAAAUGGAGCUUUUCUUACAUUAAACACAUCAAAUGCCCACACGAUUGAUAACCUGAGGCUGAUCCAGGAUUCCCACAGAGUAAAUAUCUAUGCCGGAGGACCUCAGGGCCUGUUCAUGUUCGAUCCAAGAAUAAAACAUCCAACGCUGACGGAGGUGAAAUUGCCCAUAUUAGAACCUGAAUGCCCGAACAGCCUUACUAAUUGUAAAUAUGAAAUCUCCAUGCUGAAAGAGGGGAGGAACGGAAAUCCACUGUUCCUGUGUAGAACCACAGAACAUCACACAAACUGCUGUGAUGUGGAACGUUUAAGACUUUCUAGUUCAGAGCACAAGCUGGUGAACUGCUUCAUCUUGAUGUUUCCAACACAAAUCAACGAGCCGUCUGUUCAUGUUGAUGAUUCUCUAUAUUACACAAUCUCAGAUCUGGACACAGAUUUUCCCAGCGGCCUCUACAGACAGACCAGAGAUAAAUACAUCUGGCCGCUGACAAAACCAAUCGUUUCAGAGCAGAGGCAUGUAAAAAUCUUAGCAAAUAAAGGGAAUGGAUCACUGGAUGGAAAAGUCUACUCCUUCUACAUAGAGCAGAACCAGAACCAGAACUCAGACCUGCCUCAAUGGAUACCUCGAGUUUCUCAGAUCUGCAUGGCGGAUCUUGGUGGCAGUAGAGCAAUACUGGGGUACCGCUGGACAUCCAUGCUGACCGCUCGCCUGUUCUGUGGAGAUGAGAAGAAUCGCCUCUCAUAUGCCGAGCUGCUGGACGUUGCUGUGCUGGAAGCUACUGAAUGGGAAAACACCACGAUUUACACCCUCUUCAAAAAUACCUACAACUUGAGAGCCGUGUGCGUUUACAAAAUGUCCGACAUCAUUCGCGUCUUCACGAGCAACACAUUCACAGCAGCUGAGAAGGAGACUUUUUCUUCACCUCGUCCUGGAGAGUGUGUACAAAACAGUCCUACAUUACGGUCAAACAUUCUGAAGUUCAUGGAAAGUCUUCCUGAGCUGAAGCAGUGGAUUACACCUGUACGAGACCCUGUGGUGUUCGAGAACAACCAUCACUACACACACCUCCAGGUGGACACACUUGUGAACAGAAAGUCAGGACAUAGCCAUCAUGUCCUCUUCAUGAGUCUCGACAAUGGCAACAUACAUAAAAUCCUGGACCAGGAGGACAAGCCCUUUAUCAUCGCUGAGUACAAGCUCUUUAAAUCCAGGACACACAUCACCAGCAUGCUGCUCGACAGAGUAACUAAAAAGCUCUUUGUGAGCUCCAGCAGUGAGCUGGUCCAGAUUGACCUGUCCAACUGCAGCAUAUACGGGAAAGACUGUAAGUCGUGUGUCAUGGCCCGGGACCCGUAUUGCAGAUGGGACUCGGGGGAGUGUUCGGCUGAUGAUAGAUCCUCAAUACAAGAUGUAACCCAUGGAAGCCACACGACAUGUGAUGAUGGUGUCCCCAAUACCAGCCAGUUCCGCCAAGAAGGCAAAACGGACGUCCCUGAGAGCGUCCCUCAAUACUCUAAAUACUACCUUAAAUGUCCAGUGGAAUCCUAUCAUGCCUCAUAUUCAUGGCACCACCAGGGCAGUAGGAAGGACUGCGUCUCAACUGAACAUGACUGUCUUUUGGUGAUCAACAGCAUGAGCGAAAAGGACGAAGGCGAUUAUCAGUGCAUCGCUUCGGAGAACGGCUACCAGAAGAUGGUGGUCCAUCAGAAGCUGCAGAUGAACGGCGCAUCUGAAACCAGAGAAACUCGAUUCACAGAAGCUCUCACACUUCAAUUUCCAUUUACCCCUCUACAGUCUCUGAUCAUCACCUGGUAUCCUUCACCAUAACUCUACCUAUCCUACCUAAAACUACCUCUCACCCCCUCGCUCUUACCCGCCGCAACCUUCACUCUGUCUUCCCUUCAUCUGAAGCUU